AUGUGGCUCACCCUGGAAACCUUUUGUCCGUGGUGCUGGGGGCUGCGUGAUGGCUGCUGCAGCUUCUCGGAUCUUCUCUUUCCAGGCUGUGAGCUGACCGCCAAUACCAAGUCCUACACGUUUCAGGUGGAUGAGGAAGAUGACUCUGACCACAUUUUGGCCCUGUCUGUGGUCUGCCUCACAGAUGGUGCCAAGGAUGAGUGCAAUGUGGUGGAGGUUGUCGGCCGAAAUCACGAGAACCAGGAGAUCGCUGUGCCUGUGGCGAACCUGAAGUUGUCAUGUCAGCCCUUGCUGAGUCUGGACAACUUCAAGCUGCAGCCUCCAGUGACCUUCCGCCUGGCAGCGGGCUCUGGCCCAGUACACCUCGCUGGCUGGCACCAGAUCGUGCACAGGGAAGAUGCUUCCUUUGAGGAGGAUGAUGACUUGUCUGAGGAGGAGGAGGAGCUUCCUCCUAUCAUGCCAGCCAAGAAGUAGAGGAGGAAGCAGUAACUUAUCUCCAAGGCAAGGUACUUGCUGGGACUCCUCUCCUUGGAUGGCUUUUACCUCGGACACCUCUUGCCAGGACCUCAACAUUCACUGCUUUUUUUUCAUUUGUUUGGUUUUUUGUUUUCUUUUGUAAAUUUUGGAGGAGCUGAGUCUGCUCACAGCACUGUGGUGUCUCCUUACUCACAGCCCUGGGAGGCUGAUCCCAAAACUGGAUGGAUGCUGCUGGUAUGCCCCUUCUUCCCCAUCCCUGUGCUGGGAGCCAGGGAUGGGGGGAGGUGAUCCUUGUCCUGUGCCUUUUUGCUGUCCUGGAUCUCUGCUCUGUGCACCACCCCCUCCAUGGCUCUGAAAUACCCAGUCCUGGACCCUUUCCCAGCAGAUGGAUGUAAAUCCAGCAGUGGGACAGGCGGUUUCACUGAUUCUAUUGUGUUUGCUUUUCUUUACUCACAAUUUGAUUGACUUUUAUACA